CUCUGUCUCCAAAAAAUAAAUAAAAAAAUAGUAAAUAACCAUUUUCAAUUAUUUUGGGUACAUAACCAGAAGUGGAACUUCUGGAUAAUAUGGUAAAUCUAUUUUCAAUUUUUUGAGGAACUGUCGUAGUGUUUUCUGCAGUAGCUGCACCAUUUAAAAUUCCCACCAAUGGGAGAACCAUCCCAGCAACCCCACCAUGGCUGGUCUUCCCUGGACAGCAUGAACCACACUGUCCAAACCUUCACUGCCGCCAACACCGACCGUCUGCCCAACUAUGAGAUGUUGAAGGAGGUGCAUGAAGCGGAUGUGCUGGGGGCGCCCCACAACCCUGCUCCCCCGACAUCCACCACGAUCCACAUCUGCAGCAAGGUCUCUGUGCCCGACCACGUCGUCUGGUCCCUGUUCAACACCCUCUUCGUGAACUCCUGCUGCCUGGGCUUUAUAGCAUUCACCUACUCCAUGAAGUCUAGGGACAGGAAGAUGGUUGGUGACUUGACCGGGGCCCAGGCCUACGCCCCCACCGCCAAGUGCCUGAACAUCUGGGCCCUGAUCGUGGGCAUCAUCAUGACCAUUCUGCUGAUCAUCAUCCCAGUACUGAUUUUGCAAGCCUAUCAGUAGAUCAAGGUGAAUCAUCCAGGCCAGGGGCUCUGCCCGUGACCUGUCUCCCACGUACCCUAUCUUGCAUUCCUCGCCCUGCCCCCGAGCCGAGACUGGUAUCAGCCCUUUAUCCUCACACACUUUUCUACAGUGGCAUUCAGUAAAGUACACGUGUUCCUGGUGAAAAAAAAAAUUCCCACCAAUGGUGUACAAGAGUUCCAGUUUUUCCACAUCCUUACCAACAUUUGUUAUUUUCUGUUUUUUUUAUAGUAGCCAUUUUAAUGAGC